UGAAGUUUGGCGGGAGUAACCCCGAGAAUACCCGGGAUGAUCCGAGUGCUUGUCUAGUGUUUCCUCGCGCUCGGCUCCAAACGGGAAAGCAAGAUGUUUUCGUUCCAGCAAGAGUAUGGAUGGAUUUUUUAGCAUUUAUACCCGAGAAAUUCGCGGCGAAGAUUACGUAUAACCGUUUUUCUGAUUAAUUUUUUUGACACCUAUUCGACUUCUUUGGUUUGUAUUCGAAAAUGAUACUUUGGAAUCAGCUGCGUGCCCCCCCCCCCUACAACAGUCUCGCGCCCCCCUAGGGAGGCGCGCCCCACAGUUUGGAACACACUGACUUAGUAACCUUAUUUUCGAUUUAUCGGUGUCCUUAAAAUAAGUAAAUUUUAUUCUUUGUUAUUAUAGAACACCAUUCAUAAAUGCGAUAACACAGAAAUGAUACUUUAGGAUAUGAUUACAUCUUAUCGUUGUAAAAAUUAAUAUCUAAUAAAAGAGUGAAUAGUUAACAGUAAGACUAUAUCAACUUUUUGAUGAAAUAUUCUGCAAAAUGAUAAUAUUAUAAAGACACUAUUGUUCUUUAUAGAUUAGAUAUCGGUGAAGAUAUCGGUUUUAAAAUUAUUUAUUUUUUUUUCCUUUGAAAACUAAAUUUAACAUUCAUCAUGUCUGGUGUCUUUCAGAGGAUAAUUCAUUUUAAAAGCUCAUCCAUGAAUUUGAUCUUUAUUGAAUUGCGAUUUAAGAAAGAUGAUAUAGAAAGAAAUGGUGUCUUUGAGAGUGAAAACUUUUCUGUCACGGGUGAAAGUGAAAGCAACCAUCUGAUAUUACUCAAUUACUUUGAUAAUUUUAUGCUACGUUGUAUAGUAGAAUCAAUUGACCUAUUUAUAAAUUCUACGUGUCUAAUAUUCGAUGGGAAUAACAGCUGCCUUGAUUGUAAUGUUAGAUCUUCCAUAAGAGGUAAACUUCUUGAUUUAUUUCUUAAGCCAAAAGAUUUCUUGCCUCAGCAAUUUCCUAUCAAAAUAAUUUGUUACUUGGAGUUUAAGAAUUCUACCGAAUCGGAUUUGACCGAAAGUUUAACUCCGAACAACUUGGGAUUGGAAAAACUGCAAAAGCUUUCAAAUGACUUCUCAAAAAUUUUGGAUCAAACUAUUACCUCAGAUGUCACAUUAGAUGUUAGUGGAGUUGAGAUCAAAUCGCACAGAAACAUUCUGCAAGCAAGAUCACCAGUAUUUGACAGAAUGUUCAAUUAUGAUACUAGCGAAUCUGCAAGGAAUAUCAUUGUUAUCCCGGAUAUACGAGCUGAAAUAAUGAACGAUCUCUUGCUGUAUCUCUACUCUGGAGCGACGAAAACUCAUGAUUUUGACGACGCUUGCGACCUCUAUUAUGCUGCAGAUAAAUAUGAAGUUUUGUCACUCCGCGAUGCUUGUAAAAGGGAUUUGCUGGUACAUCUGAAAGUAGAUAAUGCGUGCCAGAUGUUGAGUUUGGCCAAUCGACAUGGUGAUGAAUCAUUUAAAGAAAAUAUACUGAAAUUCAUAAAGGAGAACUUUAAAACUGUGGUCAAAAUGGAAUCAUUUGAAGAACUUUCAGCCAACGAGCCAAAAUUGGCUCUGUUAGUAACGCGCUAUUUUAUGAACUAGAAAACCCAGGGAUCAAACAUAUAAAAUUAGUGACUCUAAACGUAAGCGAAAUCGCUUUAAGAAUAUUGUUUCGUAAAAAAUAGUGACUCUGUACGUAAGUAAAAUUGCUAUAAGCAUAUUCUUUUGUUAUGUUUGGAACAAAAUACUGAAUGAAUUGACUAUUACUGGAUGCAAUUGUAAUAAAUGCGACUGUCAAAGGA